AUGAAUUGGGCCAACUUCAGGACUCGCUUCCUGGAGAAAUACUUCCCUGAUACAGCUAAGCAAGACAGGGAGGCAGAAUUCUUGGCCUUGCAACGGGGAAAUAUGUCGGUGCAAGAAUACGUUAACAAAUCUGAGAAUCUGAAAAAUGGAGUCUUGGUGGAACAAGACAAGAGUGCAGAGUCCCUGGAAAGAGGACCAGAUCCAUGUGGCGGACCCCAUCUAAGGAGAAUUUGUCCUCAGCUGACAGGUGGUGUAGGAGGGUCAGGUGACCGUCGCAAGUGUUUCAUAUGCGAUAAACCGGGACACUUUGCCAAUAAUUGUCCAGAAAAGAAGAGUUUGGGUGUGAAGAAGCCAGCAACAUCACCAGCAGAAAGAGCUAGAGCGGUUGGCAGGGUCUUUGCCAUGACCUCCACAGAGGUUACUCAAUCAGGUAACCUUAUCCUCGAGCCAUGUUUAUUGUUGGGUCAGUCAGUAUUAGUGUUGUUCGAUUCUAGAGCAACACAUUCUUUCAUUUCUAAUGCAUGUGUGGGGAGAUUGAGCCUGGAGAAACGUGACUUGGGGUGUGAGUUGCUUGUUUCGCCUCCUUCCUCGAGUCAAGUGGCUACCAGUUCAGUCUGCAUUGGGUGUUCAAUGGUAGUGGCAGGUCGCAGAUUCAAGGUGAACUUGGUGUGCUUGCCCUUGGAGGGACUGGAUGUGAUAUUGGGGAUGGACUGGUUGUCUAACAAUCACAUCAUAAUUGAUUGUGGACGGUGUAGUUUGGUAUUCCCAGAACAUGAAGGGUUGGAGUUGAUCUCAACUCGAAAGGCUGUGAAAGCGCUGCAAGAAGGAGCCACGUGUUUUAUGCGAUGGCUAAACCAGAAAAGAAGGGUCCAGCGGAGAUGA